AUGGACGGCGGUGGUGGCAGUGGCAGUAGCGAUGGUGGUCGUGAUGGUGAGGGUGUGGUCGGUGGUUAUGGUGGUGGAGGUAGUGGCACUAUGGGUGGGGUCGAUGGUGGUGAUAGUGACAGUGGUGUUGGUAGUAGAGGUGGCGAUGGUGGUGGUGGUGGAGGUAAUGGUGGCGGCGGCAAUAGCCAUGACAAGAUGGUGGUAGUCAAGGUGGUGAAAUCAUAUCUUGAGAAUAAAAACAAUAUAUCUAUCAAAAUCUCUGGGGAAGCAAAGAUUUGUCAUGGUCUAAAAUUAGUCUAG